AUGGGUUCCGCGGCUGUAGGGCGCAGUCCCAGCACCGAGAAACCCUCAUCGGAAAAGGGCUCAGAGGAUGCAGCGUCCAGAGAGGCUGUGGAGGCGGCCAACAGCAAAGAUGAAGAAUCAGCAGAUGGAGGCUUCAAGAGCUUCAUCAGGAUAUUCACCUUUGCCAGGCCUAUCGACUUUAUCACCCUGUCAGUGGCACUCUUGGCGACGUUCGUGUCCGGAACCGCCAUGGCGAUGACGAACCUUGUCCUGGGCCAGUUCGUCAACAUCCUUGGAGACUUCACCACGGGAGCAUCCUCUCCAGAGCAGUUCCGGGCCAAUGCGGGCGAGUACGCACUGCGCUUCGUCUACCUCGGAAUCGCGCGCCUGGCCGGCGUCUACCUCUACGCCUCGCUGUCGACCUAUGCCGCCUACCACACCACGCGCAACCUCCGCCACGCGUAUCUGCGCGCCGCGCUGUCUCAGGAGGUGGCAUUCUUCGACCGCGGCACCGCCGGAUCCAUCUCUGCGCAGGCCACGUCCAACGGCAAACUCAUCCAGUCGGGCAUCGCCGAGAAGCUGGGCACCGUGUUCCAGGCGCUGGCCACUUUUGUCGGAGCAUUCAUCAUCGCCUUUAUCGCCAACUGGAAGCUGACGCUAAUCCUGAUAUGCAUUGCCCCGGCCCUGGUUAUCGUAAUGGGCAUCAGCGCCGGUGCGGAUAGCAAGGUCGAGGCCCAGGUGUUGAAGGUGCAGGCCCAAGGGGCAAGCUUUGCAGAGACCAUCCUAUCGAGCGCCCGAAACGUGCACGCCUUCAGCCUUCGUGAUCGUCUGAUGCGUCGGUUUGAGGAAUACCUCGAGGAAGCCAACCGGCUAGGCAAUAAGAAAAAUGCCAUUUAUGGAGCCUUUUUCAGCGCCGAGUAUACGAUCGUCUAUCUGGGUCUUGCUCUGGCCUUUUGGCAGGGACUGAACUUGGUAGCCAGAGGCGAUGUCCCGAAUGUUGGUGUCGUCUACACCGUGAUGAUGUGUGUCAUCACUGGUACGAUCUCCAUCACUGCCGUUGCGCCGUCAACAAUAGCUUUCAGCAGAGCCGCCUCCGCAGCCGCCGAGCUCUUCCGGCUUAUCGACCGGGCCUCGGAAAUUAACCCCUUUGACAAAUCUGGCGAGAAGCCGACAGAGAUCGAGGGUUCUAUGGAGUUUGACGACGUAACGUUUGCGUAUCCCACUCGUCCUGGUAUCAAUGUGUUGAAGAACUUUUCCUUGCACAUUCCGGCUGGCAAGGUGACGGCUUUGGUGGGCAUGAGCGGCUCGGGCAAGUCUACUUGCAUCGGCCUCAUCGAGAGAUGGUACAACCCAGCCAGCGGAGCCGUCAAACUUGACGGUCGGCCCAUCAACGAACUCAACCUGAACUGGCUGCGUACAAACGUCCGGUUGGUUCAGCAAGAACCUGUCCUCUUCAACGGGACGGUGUUUGAGAACAUUGCAAACGGACUGGUCGGAACACCAUUGGAGAAGGCAUCACCGGCGGAGCAAAAGGAGACCAUCGAAAGGGCGGCGGCAACGGCCUUUGCGCACGAUUUCAUCAUGACCCUGCCAGAGGGCUACCAGACGCGCAUCGGAGAACGCGGUGGGCUUCUUUCCGGCGGCCAAAAGCAGCGGAUUGCUAUCGCGAGGAGCAUCGUCUCGGACCCGAGGAUCUUGCUGCUCGACGAAGCGACAAGCGCGCUCGACCCCCACGCCGAAGGCAUAGUGCAACAGGCCCUCGACAACGCAUCGCGCGAGCGCACCACGGUGGUCAUCGCCCACAAGCUUGCCACCAUCCGGGGGGCGGACAACAUCGUGGUCAUGGCCAAGGGCGAGAUUGUGGAGCAGGGUACGCACGACGAGCUGUUGGCCCGCGGCGAGGCCGGCGCGUAUUUCCGCAUGGUGCAGGCGCAGACGCUUUCCAAGACGUCGGGCGAGUCGGACAGCGACGACGGUGGAGUCGAGGGUGCCGCCGGAAAAUCUGUCGACAGUUCUGACGACGAGGGGAAGAGCCGAGGGGUUGGAGGAGGAGGAGGAGGAGGAGGAGGAGAGGGUGACGUCGCGAUGGAUGAUGUGGCGCAGAUGCAGUCGGUCGUCAGGUACAAGACUGCCGAGCGCGAGCAUGCGGCGGCUUUGCAGAAUCGCGAGGACUUUGAGCUGUACAAACGCUCUGGCUUCAUCCACACGGUUGCCAAGCUGAUCGCCGACAGCCCCGAGCUCAAGUGGGUGUAUGCAGUGGUGCUCAUCACAUGCAUCAGCGGAGGCGCCCUCAUUGUUGUCCAAGCCGUCAUCCUGGCCCUGACGCUCGACGUUUUCAACGCCCAAGACCUGACGGCCGUCUUGCCCCGUGGAAACUUUUUCGCGGCAAUGUUUGUUGUUCUUGCCGCAGCUAGUUUUGUGUCGUGGUUCGCCAACGGCUGGGCCACCAACAUCAUGGCCCAGACACUCAGCCGCAAGGUCAGGCGCACGCUGCUCGACGGCUUCCUGCGACAAGAUUUGCAGUUCUUCGAUCGGGACGAGAACACGGUGGGGGCUCUGACGGCCCGGCUCGACUCGCACCCGCAGUCCGUCCUCGAGCUCAUGGGGUUCAACCUCGGUAUCAUGCUCAGCGCGAUAGUCAGCGUCGUCGGCGCGUCGAUCCUGGCCAUUGCGAUAUCGUGGAAGCUGGGCCUGGUGGGCGUGUUUGCCGGCCUGCCUCCGCUGCUGGUGGCGGGCUGGUUGCGCAUCCGGCUCGAGACCAAGAUGGACAGCACGGCCGACGCCAGGUUUUCCAACAGCGCCUCGCUGGCUUCCGAGUCCAUCAUGGCCAUACGCACCAUCUCGUCUCUGGCGACGGAGGAAGCGGUGCUACAAAAGUACACGGCGGAGCUGGACAGGGCAACGUCGUCGCUGAAGAGGCCGUUGUUUGUCAUGAUGACGUGGUUUGCGUUCACGCAAGCGGCCGAGUAUUUUGUGCUUGCGCUUGGCUUUUGGUAUGGCUCCCGCCUCAUGUCCUUUGGUGAGGCGACAUUCUACGAAUUCUUCGUCGCCUUUAUCGGAGUGUUUUUCGCCGGCCAACAAGCCGGCAUUUUGUUCACCUUUUCCAGCAGCUUCACCAAAGCUCUCUAUGCAGCCAACUACUACUUUUGGAUCAAGAACCUGGAGCCGACGAUCCGCGAAACGGACGAGAACCGCGACAAGGGACCGAGGAGCAAGGUCAGCUCGAUCGAACUCGACCAGGUGCGGUUCGCCUACCCGCUCAGGCCAGACACCCAAGUCCUCCGCGGCGUCUCGCUCGAGGUAAAGCCGGGCUCCUUCGUGGCGCUCGUCGGGGCGUCGGGCUGCGGCAAAUCCACGGCCAUGGCGCUCCUGGAGAGGUUCUACGACCCGUCCAAGGGCAAGAUAGUCAUCGACGGCGCGGACGAUCUGCGCGAGCUCAACCCCAGGCUGUACAGGCGGCACGUGUCGCUGGUGCAGCAGGAGCCGACGCUGUACCCGGGCUCGAUCCGAGACAACGUGGCGUACGGCGUCGACGUGGCCACCGACGACGACGGCAGCAGCAGCAGCAGCAGCAGCAGCAGCAGCAGCAGCGUGGUCUCGGACGCCAGGAUCGAGGCGGCGCUCCGGGCGGCCAACGCGUGGGACUUUGUGUGCUCGCUGCCCGAGGGCACGGGCACCGUGUGCGGCACGUCGGGCAGCCAGCUGUCGGGGGGCCAGCGGCAGCGCAUCGCCAUCGCGCGCGCCCUCGUCCGCGACCCGCGCGUGCUGCUCCUGGACGAGGCCACCAGCGCCCUCGACACCGAGUCGGAAAAGGUGGUGCAGGCCGCGCUGGCCGAGGCCGCCCGCGCCGGCGGCCGCAUCACCGUCGCCGUCGCCCACCGCCUCUCCACCGUGCGGGACGCCGACUUGAUUUGCGUCUUUUACGCCGGCAGGAUCGCCGAGGCCGGCACGCACGAGGAGCUGCUGGGGAGGGGAGGGCUGUAUAGCAAGAUGUGCGAGGCGCAGAGCCUUGAUCGGAAGGUUUGA